AUGGAUUUUGAAACAUCGUUUGACGAAUACAAUGCGUCUAAUGUAGCUUCUAAGUUUAUUGCACUGGAGAUAUCGGAUAAAGAGGAUGAUUACGAUUCUUCAGUGCACUCUAUGCCAGUUUCAGAGAUGGAAAUUGGAAACGUGAUGGACCCCUGUGCUACACAGACCAGCUCUGAAGAUCCCUCCGUGGUUCAAUUGAUGCGCGUAUCAACUCAAACCAAUGCGUCCGCUAACGUGGAAACCAGACCGAAAUCUGAAGAUAAGAAGAAGUGGUCAUUUGUAUCGGUAAACAGUUCAAGCAAGAAACGAUGGUCAGCCUUAUCAUUUGCAAGUGAUAUACACAGUAAGGCUAGUAAGCGUAUGUCAGCUGCGAGCUCGAGCUCUAGUGCGCAAUCGACCUCUGCGCCUAGAUCAAGCUCUUCUAUGGUGAAAAGAUCAUCAACUGGAGCAUCAUUGCGCUCUCUACUGAAUAAGAUAACACAUACUGACAGUACGUCUGGAGAAGCAGGCAAUAGUGCAAAUAGUGCAACAUCGACAAAACCAGGCUUGGCGCUAUCAUCUGCCAGUGUAUUUUCACCUUCGCGGACCGACAUUAUGUCGUAUAUUGGACGGAAACCGACUAUAAAUGCGAACAGUUUUCGAAUGCCUUUGAAGACCAUAUCUUCAAACAUGAACAGAAUUAUAAGGCCUACCACACAUUCAACUAUUGACGAAACGCAGAGUACCAAGGAAGAUAGUUAUAGCCCCUUAACGCCGUCUAGAUGGAAGUUUUGGAAAAGCAACCGGGCUAAAGAGGACGAGGUAGAUGCCAUUAAUAUUUGGCCAAAUAAUCAGCCAGUACCGCUACCACAUAUGACACACACAAGAUCAAAGACAUCUCUAACUGACUUACGGAAGUCCAUAUUUUCAUCGAAUAAUCUAAAUGAUGGUAAUCGAAGUGCAAGUACAAUAAAGCAUAGGCUGUCACAUCACUCAUUAAGGAAAAUGGCUUCUCAAAGCUCUUUGAAAACCAUGGCAUCUCACUCGUCUUUAAAAAAACUAAGGCGCGGUUCAGCUGACGACUCGCCUGCGAUUUCAUUGCCCAUUCCAGAUCAAGCUUCAAGAGAUAAGAUCAGGAUCAAAUUAAAAAACUCAGCGUCUUUAAUAUCUAUUAACAAUGGUGAGGUAUCUGGAACUCCUAUAAUUACUGAUAGCAACGAAUACAACAAAGCAAUUCUGAAUCAACUUUUAGACUUGUGUGAUACCAAAUGCAUCCAAGAUUAUGAUUGCCUGCCUGUUGAUAUGCAGAAGAUUUCUACGAAUUACGUAUAUCUAAAUCCAAGUGAUGAUACUAUCUACAAGAUCCUUCCAUUUUCUGCAGGAGACGAUACCUUAAUCGGCAAGGAUACUUUGUUGAAGGAGCUCCAAUUGCAACGUUUAAUAUCCGGAACUCCUGGAUUCAUCCAAUUGCUGAACUGCGGUGUAUACAAAAAACAAGAAGACGAAUCCAUUUAUCUUGUUCUUCAUAUGAAAAACCAUGGUUCACCUUUAUCGGAAACGAAGGAUUUUACGUUCCCGCAAUUACAAGAUAUUUUGGCACAGUGCUUUAGAGCGCUAUACGUUGCAGAGAGUAAGUUUCAAUUUGAACAUCGCUAUCUCACUACAGAACACAUACUGCUUGAUAAACAAGGUAAUAUAACUAUUUGUGACUAUCGUUUAUCUCGGGCAAGCCAUGCAGAAAAUUGCUGGUUCACGAGAUUGGACAAUCCAUUAUUUUUCCAAGGUCCUAAGGAUUAUAACUAUGUUCUGCAAUGGAUGAGGAGCACAAUGAAUUCGCAUACUUGGCACCUCCAUCAUCCUCGUACUAACCUUUAUUGGUUGCAUUACAUUGCAAACUGGUUACUAACUACAUGUAAGGAGAUAUCACCUGAAAGGCCUAAACUUGAAAAACUAUAUGCCAGUUUAGAUCCCACCCAGAAAAGAAAAAGAUGGAAUAGAAGUGAUUCCAUUUUGGAAAACUGCGGGGAUUUAUUAUGCCAACGUUAG